UCACAUGUGACGGCCGGAUGGGCGGUGCUCGAAAGGUCACUGCGCAGAAUGCUUCGCUGGCACGGUGGCGGAUGUCCCGCAGGCGCCUGGAUACGUAACUCAUAGCUUCUUGUUGUUCGUGCUGCCACGUCGCAAUAACGCGAUCGCGAGCAGCCGCUGCCAACAGUGAUGGUUCAUCGAGCAAGACGACCGUCCUUCGUGUUCUUGGGGCGUUUCCGUAGCCUGGCUCCCCGCCGCUCUGGCUCAAGGUGGCUGGCGGAGCCUCGGGCCCAGCCCGGCGCCUCGGGCGGGCGAUGCACGCGCCGGCGGCUCGCCGGCGGCGCCAACGGGCGGCCGCCGGGGCUGCCCGCAUCCCGGGCGCCGCCUCCGCCGCCGGAGCUGCGGCCGCCGCGGACCGCGGGCGCCUGGGCGCCGCCGGUGCCGCGGGCGCCUGUGUGGCGCCGCGGGCGCUGCGGGCGCCGCCGGCGCCUUCGGCGCCGUCGGCGCCGCGAACGCCGCUGGCGCCACGGGCGCGGCCGCAGCGGGAAUGCCUUUUUCGCAUUUUCGAGACCCGCAAAUGGAACGCCGUGUUGUUGAGCGACGUAGCGUACCCGACGGCCGGGGUAUACGAAUACCGCACAGCCCACCAGGUCUGGACGGUGGUCACGCAGGGCCGGGUCGCAAUUGCGCUCGACGCGGUAUGGACUCGACGCUGGCGGGACUCCGGGGCCGUUCAGUACUCGGCGGGCGGAGCUCGCUCCGGUCGGAGCUGCCGGGGCAUCUCGGUGUUCCUAGGAGCCGCGGUAGACCAGGACGGGUCCGAGGUUAGUCGCCGAUUCAUGGAAUUCUGCGUGGAACAGGUCAAAUGGCUCGACCGGGCAUUGGAUCACGGCGGGAUAUCGAAAUUAGACUGGUUCCGGCUUGCUCAGGAGAAGCGGCGCGCGCACAGGGACCUAGUCUCACGGGCUGCAUCCGGCGCGUGGCAGGCGCGGCAUGGGCCAGAUCUCCCUCCCCCGGAUGGCUGGCUGAUGUACACGGACGGGUCCGGGCAGGCGCAGGGGCCGGUGGAGGACUGGGACACGUGUAAGAAAUGCGGGGAGGUGCUGCCAGCACGCCUGAUGCGUAACCAUUUCCGGAGGUGCCAGCGCCCGCCGGCACAGUGGGUGAUCCCUCCGGGGAGCGACAAGUGCAGGAAAUGCGGCAAACUGCUGCCCGAAGGCCAGCGGCAGCACCCGGCGCAAGGGGGCCAGUUCUCCGACGCCCCGCAGGUCGGGCGGCCGGACCGGCUCCGAAGCGUGUCCGUCGGCAGUAGGUUCGAUACCCUGGAGCGCACAGUGCGGCGCGUCGCGGCGGGGAGCGAUGAGAUGAACAAGCAUCGCAACAUCGUAGUGGCGAACGCCCCGUCCGUGCAGGCCUUUUUCAAGGAGAAGGUUAUCGACCCGCCGGGCAACAAGUACGGCGAGUUCAAGCAGGGAAUGGGGGCCAAGCUCAUCGAGGACCUGGCGACCCAGAUGGGCCUCCCGACAGACCUGUCGGGCGUCGGCACGUGCACCAACCCGAUCCUCCAGGCGGCCCUUCGCCCCUUGACGGAGUUGCGCGACGCCCUGGCCACGCGCGGCGGGAUCACCAACGUGCAUGCGAACCCGAAGAAGGGGGCGAUCAAGGACAUGGACGCGGCGAUCCGCCUGUCGGGCGGCUACCCGUGCCGCAACCACGCGGGGAAGGGCAAGGGCCUCGGCAAGGGCAAGGGCAGGGGCAAGCAGCCGGAGGCGCCCGCCUGGGACCUCAACGACCCUGCCGACUACCAGGCGGCCAUCCGCGACGCCAUGCCGGAGGCCGCCAAGAUGCGGGCUCAGUCCACCUUGCUCCAGGACGAAUGGGAAGCCGAGGUGAAACCCCACCAGACCCUGGACAGCACGGGAGUCGUGGCAGUCGUGCCGAAGGACGCCCUGCCCAUGGUGUUGGAGCGCGUCGGCUACACCGCGAAAGCCACGGUGGCCAUCGUAACCCAGAAUCCUGACGAUUUGGGGCUCCGCGGCUACCCCCGGGCCCGCGUGGACUGCCAGCUGAGUGUGGCAGAUGCUGGGGGGGAACGGACGACGGCGAGGGUGACACGUUGGCUCGUCCAGUUGGGUUUUGGAGAGCAGGUGAAGAAGAGGGCGAUUGGCGCCGCCGUGGACAUAGGCUUCCACAUGGUAAAAAUGGUAGCCAAACUCUCGUCGAGACACGAGUGGAGUACAGGUCCGCAGCUGGCCGCCAUCUUGGUGCAGCAUCUGGUGGCGAACGACAUCUCGGAAGGAGCUUUGGACAGCUCCGUGACCCGCGAGGACGGCACGGCGACUUUUCUGGUGCACUCGACGCUGGUAGCCAAGGUGCUUCGCCUCAGCGGAAAAUCCGGGAUCUUUCUGAAGGUCCACAAGGAUCAGAGGGAGCACGAGGCCAUGGAGUUGGUCUGGCUACCCGACCUCACGGAGCUGGCGGUAGCGCUGCAGAUGGCUAAUGAUGACCGUGUGCACGGCCUUGCCGAGAAAGGGAACGGCCGCUUGGCGCUCCGGUGCAAAACGGUACCGGAUGCAGCAGCCAUUGUGCAGAAGGAGGGCCUGCAGGACACGCCGGACGUCCCCCGGUGGAAGGUCACAGGCGUGCCGCUGGCGGCCGGCACCCACGGCCUCUACGACAUGCUGAUUGCACAGGACUGGAAGGUGGCGGAUGUCAUUUUCAUGGACGCGAAGCAGGCCAUCUUCCACGCGACCAACAAGGGUCGGACCGCACCUUUGCAAUUUCUCGAUCAGGAGCAGCCGGUGCCGAUCGUGUUCAAAGCAGUGAACGCAGCGGCGCGUGCCCUGGCAAAGGACGACGCCCAGGCGCAGCGUGCUGGCCGGGCAGCGGCGGGCGGACCCAGUGCAGCUUUCAACUUCGUGCGAUCGGUCGUGCCGGCCUUCCCAGGAACGCCGCCGGCCCUGGGAGCGGCCCCCGCGGCGCAGUCCAGGGCGCCCGCGCAGCAGCCAGUCUCUCCGAGAGGGCAGCGGCGGCCCACGGAGCAGUCCACCGGCCUGACGCCGCCCGAGCAGAAGCAGAAGACGGGGGAUCCGAUGCAACAGGAACGCUGA